AUGAAGAGACCAAAGAGAGAUAAAGGGUGCAAAAGCACUGGUCCACCUAGAAAACAAGUGAUGUAUGAAGAGGGUAGUGGGAAUGUCUUUGAUAGAAAUGAGGAAAUGGGUGAUGAUGAUGAGGAAAAUGAUGUAGAACUUAACGCUGGAUUGAAGGGGGGGCUUCUAUCAUUAUCCGACAUUCAUCUUUUCCAAAAGCGGCUGAAGGAUGUCGUCCUUCCAUCUGGAAUCACUUGCCUUCCACUCAACCUCGGUGAAACCAAACAUGGGAAAUUGAAGGCUGCCCAAUUGCACAGCCUGUUUGCAUACGUGAUUCCCUUAAUUAUCCUUGAGCUAUAUGUGACAGACGUAGAGGACCUUCCAGCCGACUCAAACAUGUGA